AUGGGUAAUAAUGAGAGCGGCUUAAGUAAACAUAUUGAAACAGCUCGUAAAACGAAUGUGUUACAAUAUGAUAAUAAAAAGCUCAAUGAAAUUCGACCACAAAUGUGUAUACCCGGUCUUCGAACUUUAUCCUUAAACGACAAUGAAAUUCAACAGUUACCUCAAGAAAUACGAAAUCUAACUAAUUUGAAAGUUUUAAGUCUUCGAAAUAAUCAUAUAGACACACUUGCAGAUGUAUUUGGUCCAUUGCAUAAAUUAGAAAAUAUACAGUUAAAUAUGAAUACUUUACAUGGAUUACCACCAUCAUUUACGAAUUUAAAGGGACUAAAACAAUUAAAUUUAUCUCAAAAUAAAUUUACAAAUUUUCCAAUAGCAAUAUUAAAAUUAAAUAAUUUACAAUUUUUGGAUCUCUCCUCAAAUUAUAUAACUAAAAUACCAGAUGAAAUUGAAACAUUACAAGUUGAUGAAUUGAGUUUAAAUCAAAAUCGUAUUAUGCAAAUAUCCGAAAAGAUUAGUCGUUGUCAACGACUGAAAACAUUACGUUUAGACAAUAACCAAUUAGAAUUAGAUGCGAUUCCAGUGUCACUAUUAAAAGAUUCGAAUGUGUCAUUGAUCAGUUUAGAAGGGAACAAAUUUGAUGCAAAAUCACUUCAAAGUUAUGACGGAUAUGAUCAGUAUACCCAACGUUAUACGGCCAUAAGAAGAAACAAAUCAAAUCAAUUACAACAAACAGUAAAUUCUCGAGAUGAUAAUUAUCAACAUGCAUUAAACAUUAGACGAAAACGACAAAUUAAUGACGAUUAUGAUAAUAUAAAAGAUGACAAUAUCGCUGAUUAUGUGGAAAAUAAUGAUAUUCAAGAAGGUUAUCUAGGUAAUAAGCUUUCUAGACAAAAGAGCUAAUUGAUGAAAAAUAAAUUUGUCAUAUAUCUCACAAGUUCAUCAGAGCACAUGAUUGAAUAUUUUUCUCGCAUUCUAUCAGCAUCAGGAACACGUCCAACUUUAAUAAGUACCCUAAUUAUGGAAAGUUGAUUGCGGACGAAAACAGAUGAAAUCAGUGACUUUUAGAAAAAAAUACCGAGAUGAAAUUUUAUCUAGCGACGGGCAGGCACAAUGUUUUCAGUCCCGGUUUUGGUGAUACAUUCUGCGGUCUUUGACCUGAAAAAAAUUUUUUGCCCGUAAAACAUGAGAAUAACAUUAGUUUAAUCUAUAUUUUAUUAGUCAACUGAAAUAAGCGUCACAGAUAGUCAGAAAUCGCAAAGCAUUAUACCUGGAUGUCUGAAGAAACGUAGCAUAAACAAAUGGAAAUAACAACAUUCCGUUUAUGGUGGAAAGUUGAAGAAUGCUCCAAGCUGUGGCGUGGGCUGUGAUUAUUCCAGAGGGUAACAGUGUGCAUCAGACAGUAAAUUGACUAGAUAGAAAGGUGUCAAAAAAGAACUGUUACACUUCUUGAUGAGUUUUCGAAAAAGUAUGAAGUAUUAAGUAUGAAGAAAAGGUAAAUUUUCAUGGAAUCGUUCGAAAGAAUUUUUUUAAUCCUGAUUCUGGUACCGCCCAUAUCUCAGUUUAUUAGUCUGGGUUAAUUAUUUUAAAUAGAAAGAAAAGAGUAGCGCAGCAAGUCUGUGGUUUUUUUUAACCUAAAAUAUUCAUAAAACGCUACAACAACAAACAGGAGUGAACAAACAACAACAACAACAACAACUACUAAAUACCAGUUACCAUCAAAAAUUCUUUUCGAUAGUACCUGAUAUGUUUUUUCUGUGUGAUUUCUAACUUGACUAAGGAUGUAACGGUUGUAGUUAUGUUUUCGGAGAGUUAACAAGAUAAUUUCAUCAGAAAAGCCUUUUAGAUUGCCCCGUUGCUUUUCACGCGUAGUUUAUCCUUUUUUAAACUAUGUCACCUAUGCAAACAUUGAACGCUUGACUAAUUAGAGAGCUUAACAGAGCAGAAUGAAGCACAGAAGGAGAGCAGCACGCUAUUCUCAGAAGAAAACAAAAUUUAUUGAAGACACAAGAAAAAAAUUCUCCUCUUAUGGCUUCUACGAUAAAUAAUGUCGAUAUUUCUAUCAGUUCUGUUCGACAUAUUUUCUCGAUGAAUCCAUUUUCUAACAAAAAAAGCGAAACUCUCAACAUUGCAAAAAUUCUCUAAGGAAUGAAAAUUUAUAGAGGUUAAAUCAAUUGUUCUUUCAAAAACACAAUAAUAUGAUUCUUACACUCGUAUCACAUAUCACUAUUAAAGACCAGAAAUUUAACUGAUAUUCUUAUAUAAUUGAUAUGUAGUUUCAGUAAUAUUUUAAGGGUAUCCUUACAUCUGAAAUGAAUUUCAUGACGCAUGCUUGUUGGAAAAAUGUUCCCGUGCAUUUUUCUCUCGCGAGUAAUGCUCCCAGGUAACAUUCGCUGUCCAAAGACAAAUGUUCUCUUAUCGCUAAGUGUGCUAUAGACUGCGUCUGGAAGGAAAAUUACCGAAUGUAUAAUAAUUGUAGUUGAGACAUUCUCUCUUCGCUUAUCAGAGCGGUUGAUACUGUUAUAUAACAUACUUUUCAAAUCAAGGAAAUGUUAAAGAACUGAACGAAAGAGCUCGACUGGAGCUCGAACCCAGGACCAUGAUAUUCCGUGCCAACGUUCUAACUAUCUGAGUUAUCGAGUCACCCCCAUUGCCAAAUUUUCUACGAGAGCAGUCUCAACAAACGCGAAAUUUUUAUUUUUUUAAAGAAAACGGUGAAAAACGCAUUUUUUUAUAGAAAAAACUGGAAAAAAACGUCAUUUUGUCAAAGACGGUUAGAAACGAAGAAAAAAUACUAGCGUUUCCUUCUGUUUUCUUGAAUAUUUGAGAAGAAAACCCGUUUAAACGCUUCUGAACAAAAACGCGUCGGUCUUCGUUUUAUUUUUGAUUGUAUUUGAACGUAAUUUUAGGUUCUUCAGAUGAAUAUUCUUUCUCAAAAAACGAUUUAAAAAACACGUGUUUUCACCGUUUUUUUAAAAAAAAUAAAAGUUUCGCGUUUUGUUGAGACUGCCCUCGUAGAAAAUUUGGCAAUGGGCAGUCUGCUCAUAUCGUCUUUCACCUUAUAUAAGGAAGUUAUCCUUACAUAACAUUUGUUUCUGCGUAUAUUGAGCUCUGCUUUUAUUAUAUUUGAUCCUUAAAAAUAAGAAAGUCAGUGAACAGUGGAUUUUCAACUUCGAUUUUCACUUUUCUUCCAUGAACACUGCAAAAAGUUUUUGGCACAAAAUAUGUGUCACACUCGUUUUAGGGCUUUUGUCACACUAGCGAAUAAAAUUUUAGCUUGGUGCGAUUGUCCUGUUCUGCAAUCUAGGUACUACUGACAAGACCUUACAAGAUCUGAUGUUUUCUUAUAGAGCCUCAUAAAAACACCGUUCAAGCACAGUGGACAUUUCCUCAUAGAGCAGGCGGCAUUUUUUGCCGACAUAGUUUUUUUGAAUCCAAAAGCACUUUUUUAUAGGUUUUCGCAUACGAUAUUUCCAGCAGUGUGGCAAAGGUGAGUCGUGGAAGGUUUUUCAGAGGUUUUCCAGGGGAUUUCCAGAGACCCAGACUUCAAAAACCCCCUAGAAAAAGUUUGCAAUUGUUUUAAAGCAAAGUUUCAGACUCGCCGUAACCUAAAAUCUAUAAAUUUGUGCUUUGAAAAUAUUUGCGCGACGCUGAGAGGUCUUCCAAAAAAUCGAUAUCAAACUUCUAACAAAAAUGCUCACAAAUGUCCGACUU